GCUCCGCUCCGCUCCGCGGCGGGUGGCGGGAGUCAUGAUGAACGGCAUCGGCGGCCGGGGCAGGUUCGAGGUUUUCUCCAGCAAUGAUGAAGCCCCCAUCAACAAGAAGCUGCCCAAGGAACUGCUGCUCAGAAUCUUCUCCUACCUGGAUGUGGUGACGCUGUGCAGGUGUGCCCAGGUGUCUAAGGCGUGGAAUAUUCUUGCACUCGAUGGAAGUAACUGGCAGAAGAUCGACCUGUUCAACUUCCAGACGGACAUCGAGGGCCGAGUGGUGGAGAACAUCUCCAAGCGCUGCGGGGGCUUCCUUCGUCAGCUCAGCCUGCGGGGAUGUCUCAGUGUGGGCGACGCCUCCAUGAAGACGUUUGCACAGAACUGCAGGAACAUCGAACACCUCAACCUGAACGGCUGCACGAAAAUCACCGACAGCACAUGUAUCAGCCUCAGCAAGUUCUGCUCAAAGCUGCGCCACCUAGACCUGACCUCGUGUGUGUCCAUCACGAACCACUCGCUGAAGGCCCUCAGUGAAGGCUGCAGGGGUCUGGAGAACCUAAACAUCUCCUGGUGCGACCAGAUCACCCGGGAUGGGGUGGAGGCUCUCGUGAGGGGCUGCGGGGGGCUCAAGGCCCUGUUCCUGAGGGGCUGCACACAGCUAGAUGACGAGGCACUGAAGCACUUACAGAAGCACUGUCCAGAGCUGGUGACUAUCAACGUGCAGUCGUGCACACAGGUGACGGACGAAGGCUUGGUGGGACUCUGCCGGGGGUGCCACAAGCUACAGACGCUCUGCAUCUCUGGCUGCAGCAACAUCACGGACGCCUCGCUCACCGCCCUCGGCCUCAACUGCCCCCGGCUGAAGAUCCUGGAAGCGGCCCGGUGUUCCCACGUCACCGAUGCUGGGUUUGCGAUCCUGGCCAGGAACUGUCACGAGCUGGAAAAAAUGGACUUGGAAGAGUGCAUUUUGCUAACAGACAACACGCUGCUGCAGCUCUCCAUCCACUGUCCGCGGCUCCAAGCCCUGAGCCUGUCGCACUGCGAGCUGAUCACAGACGACGGCAUCCGGCACCUGAGCGGCAGCGUCUGCGGCCAGGAGCGCCUCCAGGUGGUGGAGCUGGACAACUGCCCGCUCAUCACGGACCUUACGCUGGAGCACUUGAAGAGCUGCCACCGGCUGGAGCGCAUUGAGCUCUACGACUGCCAGCAAGUGACGCGCGCCGGCAUCAAGAGGAUCCGGGCGCACCUGCCGGAGAUCAAGGUCCACGCCUACUUUGCCCCCGUGACUCCGCCCCCCUCGGUGCACGGCGGGGGGCAGCGGCUCUGCAGGUGCUGCAUAAUCCUUUGACGGGACAACGGCUGGGGGUGCGGGGGGGUCUCUGUGUGAAGUGUGAAUCACCAUUAGCGUUAGCCGUGCCGGCGAUAAUCACUGCGGCCUCCUGCCCGGGUGCUGCCGAGGUCAGGGGUCAAAGGUCAGACGCGAGGGACGAGGAGGAGCGUAGCAGAUGGCUCGUACGGACGGAACCCCUCGCCUUCCCGUCUCGCCGCUAUGCUUUUGGCCGUGUGGGGGGCCGCGGGGGAGCAGCGGUGUCGGUGCUGCUGGCUGAACGAGCGAGUGACCCGAGGAUGUGCGGACGAAUGGGGCGAGGAGCGGACGACACCUCGACGCCCCACACAUCACGAACUCCAAGCAUCAGAGCUGCCAAUGUGUUAUUCUGCUUUCUCCUGUGGAACUGUGGGAUAUUUGCUGGCUGGAGGGCAGGUCGCAGCCCUCGUCGAUUUGCACACGUUUGUUUUGGGUGAUGUUUCCGAUCAUUCGUGCAUUCUGGGACUUUGAGUCUGACGUUUCAUUAGAGCCUGCGUGGGGAGGAGGAGGAUCCGGGGGUGGGGCGGGUGGUUUGGGGUGGGGGCUUGUCUCCGUUCCUCCGGCCUACGGAGAACCCUACCCUAAGCGGUGACAGAGAGUACCCUGCAACAGACAAUUUGCUUGCAAUGUAACAGUAAAACUGACAAAUAUUAAGAAACAAAUAAAAUUAUCGUCCAGAAACACUCGAGCCCCUCGCAGACAGUGUUCUUGUGUGAACUGAGUGUAACACGUGCACACGGGGCGCCAGCUUCCUGCCACCGAGCACGAGUCAAGCUGCGGACGCACUCUGGCGUCACCAGGAACGAAAAGUUAGCGGCACCCAUGUCCCUCGCUGUACUUCCUGGGUCGGCCCUGUAAAAGUCUUGGAUACAGCCACACUGGAUAGAAAAAGUGUCUAAGGCUUUUUAAACUUUUUUUUUUUUUUUUUUAAAAAAAAACACGUGGGACCAGCAUUAAAAUUAAACGUAA